AUGCCAUCUGGUUUCCUUGGCCAGCUCGUUGUGAACUUUGUCCUUCUGCUCAUCUGCUUCAUUGCCUACUCGUCCCAAAUAUUUAUAAUAUGGCCGUGGUAUGGCAGGGUCCUUUCCGUCGAGCUUGUCACCCUCCUCCUGCCGUUUAAUAUCUUCGUCGGGUUGCUCCUCUGGAACUACUUUCUUUCUGUUUAUACCGACCCUGGGCGGGUACCCGAUAACUGGAAACCAGAUACGAAUGCUGAUGGGUAUGAGGUCAAAAGGUUGACUGGUAAUCCGCGAUAUUGUCGCAUGUGUGAGCGCCCCAAACCUCCAAGAACACAUCAUUGCCGACAAUGCGGAAGAUGUGUUCUGCGAAUGGACCACCAUUGUCCGUGGAUUAACAAUUGUGUUGGACACCACAACCACGGCCACUUCAUCCGCUUCCUUUUCUUUGUUGAUGUCUCCUGCUCGUAUCAUCUUGCCAUGGUCUGGCGGAGACUAUAUAUUAGCUUGGGCAACCGCUAUUGGGCUCGUCGGUCGCUUACUCCAUUCUUCUACGUUCUCACUCAACUCCAGGACGAACCCGAUGGGACAGAAAUGAUAUUCAUGAUCUUGAACAUGGUCGCCUGUAUUCCUGUUCUGCUUUGUGUCGGUAUUUUCAGCUUAUAUCACUUUAACGCCAUUCGAAAUAAUACUACCACGAUUGAACGCUGGGAAAAGGACAAGGUCGCAACUAUGGUCCGUCGUGGUAGAAUCCAAGAGAUUAAAUUCCCAUAUAAUAUCGGCACAAGGCGCAACAUCGAGUCUGUGCUUGGAAAGAACCAUUGGCUCUGGUGUUGGCCCACGAAGACGCCAGGUUCGGGACUCAAAUAUGAGAUCACAAGCAACGAUGAAAACUCUGAUGGGGAGAGUUGGCCUCCGCAUCAUGACACGAUCGAGGGCGAGAGUUCGCACAAGGAAUUCAGCUUGCCUGACUCACCAUGGACCUUCGAGAAUGGGACGGUCAACCCAACACUCCAGCCAUCGAAUUCUGCCCGAAGACGAGCCAAGAAUAAUGGGGCAUCUACACUUCCGCCAUAUCAUCCCGACUACCAGCCUGAUGCCUCAGAUUCUGACGACUAUGAUGAGGACGACACGAGCCGCGUGCGUAUUAGAAGAGGGUCAGAAGGAUACGAGGUACGACCAGGGAAUCGGGAGGACAUGCUCAAUCGGUACUUGUCCGAAAUUGGCGAGAAGAGGUAUCAUUAUUACGUGCCCGAGCCAGCGAGCGGGAGUGAGAGCGAAGGCGAGCAGGCGCCAUUGGUCAAGAGCGGCUAA